GUGAAAGAGAGAGAGUUUAAGGCAGGCUCUGCACUGGUGUUCUGGGCUAUUUCAACUUCGGGGCAACUUUAGAGAACUUCAGUUAUUUUUGGUUCUGGACGACAGCUGAGACCGGCCGAGCCUCCAGGAGAUGCUGAUGCUGAUGCGGAUGCAGAGGAGGAAGAUUCUGUUAAUGAAGUGGCAGUAGAAGACAUCCGUCCAAGGCCACAAGGAUCCUCUCCAGUUUAUGAAUAUUCCAUAGAAGAAGAAUAUUUAAAGGAGACAAUGGAAGUGACCCUGAAAACAGAAGUGGAAGCUGGUGCUAGUGGUUUUAGUGUGACAGGUGGAGGAAAUGAAGGAAUAUUUAUUAAAAAAGUACUUAAGGAAUCCCCUGCUUCAAAAAUAUUUAGUCUGAGAGAAGGUGAUCAGCUUCUAAGUGCUACAAUAUUUUUCGAUAAUAUCAAAUAUGAAGAUGCACUCAAGAUUCUCCAAUAUUCCGAGCCAUACAGAGUCCAAUUCAGCCUCAAAAGAAAAAUUGCUGGGAAAGAAGAGCUAGCACACAUUCACUCUACAGCCCAGUACAAAAAGGAAAGAUUAAGCCAGGAAAAAGAACUCAGUGAGAGCAUUCCUGAAGAAACACUGCAGGAUUCAGGAAAAGCCAUUUCAGAAGAAGACAGGGAAAUAUUAAUUGUAAGCCAAAGGGUAGGAAGAAGCAAGAGACCUAAAAAAGAUAGAUUGUCAUGGCCAAAAUUCCAGUCAAUUAAAAAUAAAAAGAUACUGGGGCACAGAAGAUCUCAUAGUACGUCAGAUGCAUAUGAGCCUGCUAUACAGGAUAUUUCCCCUACAAGCACAGACACAGAGUCUCAAUUUCAACAAGAAGUCCCUAUCAAAGAAAAAAAAGGAAGCCAAAAGAAACUGAAGUUCCCUAGCAUUGGAUUCAAAAUGCACAGAUCUAAAGCAGAAACACAAGACAAACAAAAAAAAGAAAUAAAAACUACACUGUUAUCUGAAAGAGAAAAAAUACACAAAGAAGAUAGCCUGGAAAAUGCCGAAAUACUAACUGUUGAAUAUACUACAUCUCAUGCUUAUGAAAUUCAAACAGGGGAGGUACAUGAAACUUUAACAAAAGACUUAAAAGACAUGAAAAAUGGCAUUCCAUCUCACGCAAAAAAAAGCCCUGAAGUUGAAAUAAACAUUAAAAAAGAAAAAGACAAGGAAUCAACAACAAAAGUUACUGUACCUGAAGUACCAGCUAUAACAACACAGAUACCAAAGCCCAGUUUAGAAACGCCUGAUCUGAAAGAAAGCCCAACUAAACAAACACCGCAAGCCUCAUCGAAAUCCCGAAAAAAGAAACAGAAAGGAACAGCAGAUAAAACAGAAAGAGAAAGUGGAAUUAACAUGGACAUGACGGGUCACACAGCAGAAGGGUCUAUACAGGUAAAAGGCCUAGAAAUAGGCACUGCUAAAGCAGAAUUACACAAAACACCUGACACAAUGGAAACCGCAGAAAAACAAGCAGAAGGUGACACACAAAUACUAACAAUUCAGAAAAAAAAAUUUGGGAUUUCAGUGACCAAAAGACAAGAGCAAGAUACUGACAAUGCCAAAUUGGGAAGUGACAUUCCACAUUCAAUACCAGAAAAAACAGCUGGUACAAGUUCAGAGGAUGCUAGGAAUUUGGAUGUGAAACCUCACAAGCCUGAUGCAGAGUCAGAUGUAUCUACUUGGAAAAUACAAAUGCCGUCAUUCAAAAUAGCCAAAAAUCCUAAAGCUGAAGUGAAAAUACCAGGAGAAGAAAGGACAAUUGAGUCAGCAGAUACUGUAAAAAAGGCAGAGAGAGAAGAAGAUGUCACGCCUGCAAGUGACAAAACCUCACAGAUGAACACUGGCAUGAAAAUAGGAGAAAAAGAUACAGAGGGAAAAGAAAGCAAAUUCAGACUGCCAAAGCUUAAAUUACCUACAUUUACCUGGACAACUACAAAGGAUGAGCCAGGACAAAGUGAAAAUCAGGUAACGGACAGAGAAGAAAAGGUACCACAGAAAGGAACAGGGCCAUCCAUAGAAAAAGAUGCAAUGACAGAGAUAAGUGUAUCAGCUAAAGACGUAGAGCCUCCAAGUGCAGAAAUUGAAAUUGGGAUCUCCAAAGAAAAAAGUAAUGCAAGGGAUAUAAAAAAAGAACUGGAAGAAAAGCUGCCAAUUCAGAACAAGGAAAACAUAAAAAGUUCCUCAAAAGAUAUUCAAUUGAGUGAGAAAGAAGAAGAACAACUGAAAGUGAAACAUGACACAGAAAUAAAAAAUGGUGAAGUCAGAAUAUCGUCAAAGAAAACAGAAGAAAUCUCUCAAAACGUGAUGACCGCAGGGGAAGGCCUCAAAGCCGACGUCCCCGGUGCCAAAACCGAAGGGGCCGGCUGGAAGGUGGAGAAGCCCUCCCUCAAAAUGCCCAAAGCUGACAUCAAAGCUCCCAAGGUGGACAUCAGCCUCCCGUCCGUCGACGUCACCCUUCCAAAGGCCAGCGUCGACCUGCAGGCCCCCGAGGCGGCCCUCACCCUCGAAGGGGAAGCAAAAGCCCCGGAGAAGGAGGCCGCGAAGACCAAGGACGGCAAGUUCAAGAUGCCCAAGUUCGGCAUGCCUUCCUUUGGCUGGUCCAGCAGCAGAGAGGCCAAGGGCACCGUGGCCGCUGACGUGGACGUCAGCCUCAAGGAGCCCCAGGUGACGGUGCCCUCGGGAACCGCCGAAGUCGACGUCACCCUGCCUACGGCCGAGAUCCAAGCCCCCAGCGUGGAGGUGAGCGUCGAGACGGCUGCCGGAGGAGACGGCGAGAAAGGUCGGUUCAAGAUGCCCGACGUCAAGAUGCCCAGCGUCAAGCUGCCCAAAGUCAAAGCUCCCCACGUGCAGGUCAGCCUGCCGAAGGCGGAGGGCUCGCUGCCCAAAGGCCAGGCCGAAGUCCCGGAGGGCGAACUCAGCCUGCAGGGCCCCGACGCCGAAGGUGGCCUGGAGGCGGCUGCCGGCAAAGUGGAGGGUGCUGGCAUGAAAAUACACAUGCCGAAAGUCAAGGUGCCCAGCGUGGUCUUCUCCAAGCCGACCGUCAAGGCUCCCAAACUGGACGCAGACGUCAGCCUCCCAGAGGCAGACCUCAAGGCCGGCGCCGUCAGCAUCGCCGCCCCCGACAUCAAGCUGCCCUCCGUGGAAGGCUCCCUGGAGCUGCAGGCGCCCGAGAUAGACCUCAAAGUGCCCUCUGGCGAAGGCUCGCUUGACGGAGCCGAGCUGGAAGCCACGGGCCUGAAGGGGAAGUUUAAGAUGCCCAAAUUCGACAAGCCCAAAUUUGGAGUGUCGCCUCCCAAGGCGGAAGGGCUCGAAGGCGAGGUCAGCCUGCCCACUGCAGAGGUCGACCUGCCCUCCGCCACCGUGACGGCCGCAGGGGAGGGCCCGGUGCUGGGCCUCAAAGCCGACGUCCCCGGUGCCAAAACCGAAGGGGCCGGCUGGAAGGUGGAGAAGCCCUCCCUCAAAAUGCCCAAAGCUGACAUCAAAGCUCCCAAGGUGGACAUCAGCCUCCCGUCCGUCGACGUCACCCUUCCAAAGGCCAGCGUCGACCUGCAGGCCCCCGAGGCGGCCCUCACCCUCGAAGGGGAAGCAAAAGCCCCGGAGAAGGAGGCCGCGAAGACCAAGGACGGCAAGUUCAAGAUGCCCAAGUUCGGCAUGCCUUCCUUUGGCUGGUCCAGCAGCAGAGAGGCCAAGGGCACCGUGGCCGCUGACGUGGAUGUCAGCCUCAAGGAGCCCCAGGUGACGGUGCCCUCGGGAACCGCCGAAGUCGACGUCACCCUGCCCACGGCCAAGAUCCAAGCCCCCAGCGUGGAGGUGAGCGUCGAGACAGCUGCCGGAGGAGACGGCGAGAAAGGUCGGUUCAAGAUGCCCGACGUCAAGAUGCCCAGCGUCAAGCUGCCCAAAGUCAAAGCUCCCCACGUGCAGGUCAGCCUGCCGAAGGCGGAGGGCUCGCUGCCCAAAGGCCAGGCCGAAGUCCCGGAGGGCGAACUCAGCCUGCAGGGCCCCGACGCCGAAGGUGGCCUGGAGGUGGCUGCCGGCAAAGUGGAGGGUGCUGGCAUGAAAAUACACAUGCCGAAAGUCAAGGUGCCCAGCGUGGUCUUCUCCAAGCCGACCGUCAAGGCUCCCAAACUGGACGCAGACGUCAGCCUCCCAGAGGCAGACCUCAAGGCUGGCGCCGUCAGCAUCGCCGCCCCCGACAUCAAGCUGCCCUCCGUGGAAGGCUCCCUGGAGCUGCAGGCGCCCGAGAUAGACCUCAAAGUGCCCUCUGGCGAAGGCUCGCUUGACGGAGCCGAGCUGGAAGCCACGGGCCUGAAGGGGAAGUUUAAGAUGCCCAAAUUCGACAAGCCCAAAUUUGGAGUGUCGCCUCCCAAGGCGGAAGGGCUCGAAGGCGAGGUCAGCCUGCCCACUGCAGAGGUCGACCUGCCCUCCGCCACCGUGACGGCCGCAGGGGAGGGCCCGGUGCUGGGCCUCAAAGCCGACGUCCCCGGUGCCAAAACCGAAGGGGCCGGCUGGAAGGUGGAGAAGCCCUCCCUCAAAAUGCCCAAAGCUGACAUCAAAGCUCCCAAGGUGGACAUCAGCCUCCCGUCCGUCGACGUCACCCUUCCAAAGGCCAGCGUCGACCUGCAGGCCCCCGAGGCGGCCCUCACCCUCGAAGGGGAAGCAAAAGCCCCGGAGAAGGAGGCCGCGAAGACCAAGGACGGCAAGUUCAAGAUGCCCAAGUUCGGCAUGCCUUCCUUUGGCUGGUCCAGCAGCAGAGAGGCCAAGGGCACCGUGGCCGCUGACGUGGACGUCAGCCUCAAGGAGCCCCAGGUGACGGUGCCCUCGGGAACCGCCGAAGUCGACGUCACCCUGCCCAUGGCCAAGAUCCAAGCCCCCAGCGUGGAGGUGAGCGUCGAGACGGCUGCCGGAGGAGACGGCGAGAAAGGUCGGUUCAAGAUGCCCGACGUCAAGAUGCCCAGCGUCAAGCUGCCCAAAGUCAAAGCUCCCCACGUGCAGGUCAGCCUGCCGAAGGCGGAGGGCUCGCUGCCCAAAGGCCAGGCCGAAGUCCCGGAGGGCGAACUCAGCCUGCAGGGCCCCGACGCCGAAGGUGGCCUGGAGGCGGCUGCCGGCAAAGUGGAGGGUGCUGGCAUGAAAAUACACAUGCCGAAAGUCAAGGUGCCCAGCGUGGUCUUCUCCAAGCCGACCGUCAAGGCUCCCAAACUGGACGCAGACGUCAGCCUCCCAGAGGCAGACCUCAAGGCCGGCGCCGUCAGCAUCGCCGCCCCCGACAUCAAGCUGCCCUCCGUGGAAGGCUCCCUGGAGCUGCAGGCGCCCGAGAUAGACCUCAAAGUGCCCUCUGGCGAAGGCUCGCUUGACGGAGCCGAGCUGGAAGCCACGGGCCUGAAGGGGAAGUUUAAGAUGCCCAAAUUCGACAAGCCCAAAUUUGGAGUGUCGCCUCCCAAGGCGGAAGGGCUCGAAGGCGAGGUCAGCCUGCCCACUGCAGAGGUCGACCUGCCCUCCGCCACCGUGACGGCCGCAGGGGAGGGCCCGGUGCUGGGCCUCAAAGCCGACGUCCCCGGUGCCAAAACCGAAGGGGCCGGCUGGAAGGUGGAGAAGCCCUCCCUCAAAAUGCCCAAAGCUGACAUCAAAGCUCCCAAGGUGGACAUCAGCCUCCCGUCCGUUGACGUCACCCUUCCAAAGGCCAGCGUCGACCUGCAGGCCCCCGAGGCGGCCCUCACCCUCGAAGGGGAAGCAAAAGCCCCGGAGAAGGAGGCCGCGAAGACCAAGGACGGCAAGUUCAAGAUGCCCAAGUUCGGCAUGCCUUCCUUUGGCUGGUCCAGCAGCAGAGAGGCCAAGGGCACCGUGGCCGCUGACGUGGACGUCAGCCUCAAGGAGCCCCAGGUGACGGUGCCCUCGGGAACCGCCGAAGUCGACGUCACCCUGCCCACGGCCGAGAUCCAAGCCCCCAGCGUGGAGGUGAGCGUCGAGACGGCUGCCGGAGGAGACAGCGAGAAAGGUCGGUUCAAGAUGCCCGACGUCAAGAUGCCCAGCAUCAAGCUGCCCAAAGUCAAAGCUCCCCACGUGCAGGUCAGCCUGCCGAAGGCGGAGGGCUCGCUGCCCAAAGGCCAGGCCGAAGUCCCGGAGGGCGAACUCAGCCUGCAGGGCCCUGACGCCGAAGGUGGCCUGGAGGCGGCUGCCGGCAAAGUGGAGGGUGCUGGCAUGAAAAUACACAUGCCGAAAGUCAAGGUGCCCAGCGUGGUCUUCUCCAAGCCGACCGUCAAGGCUCCCAAACUGGACGCAGACUUCAGCCUCCCAGAGGCAGACCUCAAGGCCAGCGCCGUCAGCAUCGCCGCCCCCGACAUCAAGCUGCCCUCCGUGGAAGGCUCCCUGGAGCUGCAGGCGCCCGAGAUAGACCUCAAAGUGCCCUCUGGCGAAGGCUCGCUUGACGGAGCCGAGCUGGAAGCCACGGGCCUGAAGGGGAAGUUUAAGAUGCCCAAAUUCGACAAGCCCAAAUUUGGAGUGUCGCCUCCCAAGGCAGAAGGGCUCGAAGGCGAGGUCAGCCUGCCCACCGCAGAGGUCGACCUGCCCUCCGCCACCGUGACGGCCGCAGGGGAGGGCCCGGUGCUGGGCCUCAAAGCCGACGUCCCCGGUGCCAAAACCGAAGGGGCCGGCUGGAAGGUGGAGAAGCCCUCCCUCAAAAUGCCCAAAGCUGACAUCAAAGCUCCCAAGGUGGACAUCAGCCUCCCGUCCGUCGACGUCACCCUUCCAAAGGCCAGCGUCGACCUGCAGGCCCCCGAGGCGGCCCUCACCCUCGAAGGGGAAGCAAAAGCCCCGGAGAAGGAGGCCGCGAAGACCAAGGACGGCAAGUUCAAGAUGCCCAAGUUCGGCAUGCCUUCCUUUGGCUGGUCCAGCAGCAGAGAGGCCAAGGGCACCGUGGCCGCUGACGUGGACGUCAGCCUCAAGGAGCCCCAGGUGACGGUGCCCUCGGGAACCGCCGAAGUCGACGUCACCCUGCCCAUGGCCGAGAUCCAAGCCCCCAGCGUGGAGGUGAGCGUCGAGACGGCUGCCGGAGGAGACGGCGAGAAAGGUCGGUUCAAGAUGCCCGACGUCAAGAUGCCCAGCGUCAAGCUGCCCAAAGUCAAAGCUCCCCACGUGCAGGUCAGCCUGCCGAAGGCGGAGGGCUCGCUGCCCAAAGGCCAGGCCGAAGUCCCGGAGGGCGAACUCAGCCUGCAGGGCCCCGACGCCGAAGGUGGCCUGGAGGCGGCUGCCGGCAAAGUGGAGGGUGCUGGCAUGAAAAUACACAUGCCGAAAGUCAAGGUGCCCAGCGUGGUCUUCUCCAAGCCGACCGUCAAGGCUCCCAAACUGGACGCAGACGUCAGCCUCCCAGAGGCAGACCUCAAGGCCGGCGCCGUCAGCAUCGCCGCCCCUGACAUCAAGCUGCCCUCCGUGGAAGGCUCCCUGGAGCUGCAGGCGCCCGAGAUAGACCUCAAAGUGCCCUCUGGCGAAGGCUCGCUUGACGGAGCCGAGCUGGAAGCCACGGGCCUGAAGGGGAAGUUUAAGAUGCCCAAAUUCGACAAGCCCAAAUUUGGAGUGUCGCCUCCCAAGGCGGAAGGGCUCGAAGGCGAGGUCAGCCUGCCCACCGCAGAGGUCGACCUGCCCUCCGCCACCGUGACGGCCGCAGGGGAGGGCCCGGUGCUGGGCCUCAAAGCCGACGUCCCCGGUGCCAAAACCGAAGGGGCCGGCUGGAAGGUGGAGAAGCCCUCCCUCAAAAUGCCCAAAGCUGACAUCAAAGCUCCCAAGGUGGACAUCAGCCUCCCGUCCGUCGACGUCACCCUUCCAAAGGCCAGCGUCGACCUGCAGGCCCCCGAGGCAGCCCUCACCCUCGAAGGGGAAGCAAAAGCCCCGGAGAAGGAGGCCGCGAAGACCAAGGACGGCAAGUUCAAGAUGCCCAAGUUCGGCAUGCCUUCCUUUGGCUGGUCCAGCAGCAGAGAGGCCAAGGGCACCGUGGCCGCUGACGUGGACGUCAGCCUCAAGGAGCCCCAGGUGACGGUGCCCUCGGGAACCGCCGAAGUCGACGUCACCCUGCCCACGGCCGAGAUCCAAGCCCCCAGCGUGGAGGUGAGCGUCGAGACGGCUGCCGGAGGAGACGGCGAGAAAGGUCGGUUCAAGAUGCCCGACGUCAAGAUGCCCAGCGUCAAGCUGCCCAAAGUCAAAGCUCCCCACGUGCAGGUCAGCCUGCCGAAGGCGGAGGGCUCGCUGCCCAAAGGCCAGGCCGAAGUCCCGGAGGGCGAACUCAGCCUGCAGGGCCCCGACGCCGAAGGUGGCCUGGAGGCGGCUGCCGGCAAAGUGGAGGGUGCUGGCAUGAAAAUACACAUGCCGAAAGUCAAGGUGCCCAGCGUGGUCUUCUCCAAGCCGACCGUCAAGGCUCCCAAACUGGACGCAGACGUCAGCCUCCCAGAGGCAGACCUCAAGGCCGGCGCCGUCAGCAUCGCCGCCCCCGACAUCAAGCUGCCCUCCGUGGAAGGCUCCCUGGAGCUGCAGGCGCCCGAGAUAGACCUCAAAGUGCCCUCUGGCGAAGGCUCGCUUGACGGAGCCGAGCUGGAAGCCACGGGCCUGAAGGGGAAGUUUAAGAUGCCCAAAUUCGACAAGCCCAAAUUUGGAGUGUCGCCUCCCAAGGCGGAAGGGCUCGAAGGCGAGGUCAGCCUGCCCACUGCAGAGGUCGACCUGCCCUCCGCCACCGUGACGGCCGCAGGGGAGGGCCCGGUGCUGGGCCUCAAAGCCGACGUCCCCGGUGCCAAAACCGAAGGGGCCGGCUGGAAGGUGGAGAAGCCCUCCCUCAAAAUGCCCAAAGCUGACAUCAAAGCUCCCAAGGUGGACAUCAGCCUCCCGUCCGUUGACGUCACCCUUCCAAAGGCCAGCGUCGACCUGCAGGCCCCCGAGGCGGCCCUCACCCUCGAAGGGGAAGCAAAAGCCCCGGAGAAGGAGGCCGCGAAGACCAAGGACGGCAAGUUCAAGAUGCCCAAGUUCGGCAUGCCUUCCUUUGGCUGGUCCAGCAGCAGAGAGGCCAAGGGCACCGUGGCCGCUGACGUGGACGUCAGCCUCAAGGAGCCCCAGGUGACGGUGCCCUCGGGAACCGCCGAAGUCGACGUCACCCUGCCCACGGCCGAGAUCCAAGCCCCCAGCGUGGAGGUGAGCGUCGAGACGGCUGCCGGAGGAGACGGCGAGAAAGGUCGGUUCAAGAUGCCCGACGUCAAGAUGCCCAGCGUCAAGCUGCCCAAAGUCAAAGCUCCCCACGUGCAGGUCAGCCUGCCGAAGGCGGAGGGCUCGCUGCCCAAAGGCCAGGCCGAAGUCCCGGAGGGCGAACUCAGCCUGCAGGGCCCCAACGCCGAAGGUGGCCUGGAGGCGGCUGCCGGCAAAGUGGAGGGUGCUGGCAUGAAAAUACACAUGCCGAAAGUCAAGGUGCCCAGCGUGGUCUUCUCCAAGCCGACCGUCAAGGCUCCCAAACUGGACGCAGACGUCAGCCUCCCAGAGGCAGACCUCAAGGCCGGCGCCGUCAGCAUCGCCGCCCCCGACAUCAAGCUGCCCUCCGUGGAAGGCUCCCUGGAGCUGCAGGCGCCCGAGAUAGACCUCAAAGUGCCCUCUGGCGAAGGCUCGCUUGACGGAGCCGAGCUGGAAGCCACGGGCCUGAAGGGGAAGUUUAAGAUGCCCAAAUUCGACAAGCCCAAAUUUGGAGUGUCGCCUCCCAAGGCGGAAGGGCUCGAAGGCGAGGUCAGCCUGCCCACCGCAGAGGUCGACCUGCCCUCCGCCACCGUGACGGCCGCAGGGGAGGGCCCGGUGCUGGGCCUCAAAGCCGACGUCCCCGGUGCCAAAACCGAAGGGGCCGGCUGGAAGGUGGAGAAGCCCUCCCUCAAAAUGCCCAAAGCUGACAUCAAAGCUCCCAAGGUGGAUAUCAGCCUCCCGUCCGUUGACGUCACCCUUCCAAAGGCCAGCGUCGACCUGCAGGCCCCCGAGGCGGCCCUCACCCUCGAAGGGGAAGCAAAAGCCCCGGAGAAGGAGGCCGCGAAGACCAAGGACGGCAAGUUCAAGAUGCCCAAGUUCGGCAUGCCUUCCUUUGGCUGGUCCAGCAGCAGAGAGGCCAAGGGCACCGUGGCCGCUGACGUGGACGUCAGCCUCAAGGAGCCCCAGGUGACGGUGCCCUCGGGAACCGCCGAAGUCGACGUCACCCUGCCCACGGCCGAGAUCCAAGCCCCCAGCGUGGAGGUGAGCGUCGAGACGGCUGCCGGAGGAGACGGCGAGAAAGGUCGGUUCAAGAUGCCCGACGUCAAGAUGCCCAGCGUCAAGCUGCCCAAAGUCAAAGCUCCCCACGUGCAGGUCAGCCUGCCGAAGGCGGAGGGCUCGCUGCCCAAAGGCCAGGCCGAAGUCCCGGAGGGCGAACUCAGCCUGCAGGGCCCCGACGCCGAAGGUGGCCUGGAGGCGGCUGCCGGCAAAGUGGAGGGUGCUGGCAUGAAAAUACACAUGCCGAAAGUCAAGGUGCCCAGCGUGGUCUUCUCCAAGCCGACCGUCAAGGCUCCCAAACUGGACGCAGACGUCAGCCUCCCAGAGGCAGACCUCAAGGCCGGCGCCGUCAGCAUCGCUGCCCCCGACAUCAAGCUGCCCUCCGUGGAAGGCUCCCUGGAGCUGCAGGCGCCCGAGAUAGACCUCAAAGUGCCCUCUGGCGAAGGCUCGCUUGACGGAGCCGAGCUGGAAGCCACGGGCCUGAAGGGGAAGUUUAAGAUGCCCAAAUUCGACAAGCCCAAAUUUGGAGUGUCGCCUCCCAAGGCGGAAGGGCUCGAAGGCGAGGUCAGCCUGCCCACUGCAGAGGUCGACCUGCCCUCCGCCACCGUGACGGCCGCAGGGGAGGGCCCGGUGCUGGGCCUCAAAGCCGACGUCCCCGGUGCCAAAACCGAAGGGGCCGGCUGGAAGGUGGAGAAGCCCUCCCUCAAAAUGCCCAAAGCUGACAUCAAAGCUCCCAAGGUGGACAUCAGCCUCCCGUCCGUUGACGUCACCCUUCCAAAGGCCAGCGUCGACCUGCAGGCCCCCGAGGCGGCCCUCACCCUCGAAGGGGAAGCAAAAGCCCCGGAGAAGGAGGCCGCGAAGACCAAGGACGGCAAGUUCAAGAUGCCCAAGUUCGGCAUGCCUUCCUUUGGCUGGUCCAGCAGCAGAGAGGCCAAGGGCACCGUGGCCGCUGACGUGGACGUCAGCCUCAAGGAGCCCCAGGUGACGGUGCCCUCGGGAACCGCCGAAGUCGACGUCACCCUGCCCACGGCCGAGAUCCAAGCCCCCAGCGUGGAGGUGAGCGUCGAGACGGCUGCCGGAGGAGACGGCGAGAAAGGUCGGUUCAAGAUGCCCGACGUCAAGAUGCCCAGCGUCAAGCUGCCCAAAGUCAAAGCUCCCCACGUGCAGGUCAGCCUGCCGAAGGCGGAGGGCUCGCUGCCCAAAGGCCAGGCCGAAGUCCCGGAGGGCGAACUCAGCCUGCAGGGCCCCGACGCCGAAGGUGGCCUGGAGGCGGCUGCCGGCAAAGUGGAGGGUGCUGGCAUGAAAAUACACAUGCCGAAAGUCAAGGUGCCCAGCGUGGUCUUCUCCAAGCCGACCGUCAAGGCUCCCAAACUGGACGCAGACGUCAGCCUCCCAGAGGCAGACCUCAAGGCCGGCGCCGUCAGCAUCGCCGCCCCCGACAUCAAGCUGCCCUCCGUGGAAGGCUCCCUGGAGCUGCAGGCGCCCGAGAUAGACCUCAAAGUGCCCUCUGGCGAAGGCUCGCUUGACGGAGCCGAGCUGGAAGCCACGGGCCUGAAGGGGAAGUUUAAGAUGCCCAAAUUCGACAAGCCCAAAUUUGGAGUGUCGCCUCCCAAGGCGGAAGGGCUCGAAGGCGAGGUCAGCCUGCCCACCGCAGAGGUCGACCUGCCCUCCGCCACCGUGACGGCCGCAGGGGAGGGCCCGGUGCUGGGCCUCAAAGCCGACGUCCCCGGUGCCAAAACCGAAGGGGCCGGCUGGAAGGUGGAGAAGCCCUCCCUCAAAAUGCCCAAAGCUGACAUCAAAGCUCCCAAGGUGGACAUCAGCCUCCCGUCCGUUGACGUCACCCUUCCAAAGGCCAGCGUCGACCUGCAGGCCCCCGAGGCGGCCCUCACCCUCGAAGGGGAAGCAAAAGCCCCGGAGAAGGAGGCCGCGAAGACCAAGGACGGCAAGUUCAAGAUGCCCAAGUUCGGCAUGCCUUCCUUUGGCUGGUCCAGCAGCAGAGAGGCCAAGGGCACCGUGGCCGCUGACGUGGACGUCAGCCUCAAGGAGCCCCAGGUGACGGUGCCCUCGGGAACCGCCGAAGUCGACGUCACCCUGCCCACGGCCGAGAUCCAAGCCCCCAGCGUGGAGGUGAGCGUCGAGACGGCUGCCGGAGGAGACGGCGAGAAAGGUCGGUUCAAGAUGCCCGACGUCAAGAUGCCCAGCGUCAAGCUGCCCAAAGUCAAAGCUCCCCACGUGCAGGUCAGCCUGCCGAAGGCGGAGGGCUCGCUGCCCAAAGGCCAGGCCGAAGUCCCGGAGGGCGAACUCAGCCUGCAGGGCCCCGACGCCGAAGGUGGCCUGGAGGCGGCUGCCGGCAAAGUGGAGGGUGCUGGCAUGAAAAUACACAUGCCGAAAGUCAAGGUGCCCAGCGUGGUCUUCUCCAAGCCGACCGUCAAGGCUCCCAAACUGGACGCAGACGUCAGCCUCCCAGAGGCAGACCUCAAGGCCGGCGCCGUCAGCAUCGCCGCCCCCGACAUCAAGCUGCCCUCCGUGGAAGGCUCCCUGGAGCUGCAGGCGCCCGAGAUAGACCUCAAAGUGCCCUCUGGCGAAGGCUCGCUUGACGGAGCCGAGCUGGAAGCCACGGGCCUGAAGGGGAAGUUUAAGAUGCCCAAAUUCGACAAGCCCAAAUUUGGAGUGUCGCCUCCCAAGGCGGAAGGGCUCGAAGGCGAGGUCAGCCUGCCCACUGCAGAGGUCGACCUGCCCUCCGCCACCGUGACGGCCGCAGGGGAGGGCCCGGUGCUGGGCCUCAAAGCCGACGUCCCCGGUGCCAAAACCGAAGGGGCCGGCUGGAAGGUGGAGAAGCCCUCCCUCAAAAUGCCCAAAGCUGACAUCAAAGCUCCCAAGGUGGACAUCAGCCUCCCGUCCGUUGACGUCACCCUUCCAAAGGCCAGCGUCGACCUGCAGGCCCCCGAGGCGGCCCUCACCCUCGAAGGGGAAGCAAAAGCCCCGGAGAAGGAGGCCGCGAAGACCAAGGACGGCAAGUUCAAGAUGCCCAAGUUCGGCAUGCCUUCCUUUGGCUGGUCCAGCAGCAGAGAGGCCAAGGGCACCGUGGCCGCUGACGUGGACGUCAGCCUCAAGGAGCCCCAGGUGACGGUGCCCUCGGGAACCGCCGAAGUCGACGUCACCCUGCCCACGGCCGAGAUCCAAGCCCCCAGCGUGGAGGUGAGCGUCGAGACGGCUGCCGGAGGAGACGGCGAGAAAGGUCGGUUCAAGAUGCCCGACGUCAAGAUGCCCAGCGUCAAGCUGCCCAAAGUCAAAGCUCCCCACGUGCAGGUCAGCCUGCCGAAGGCGGAGGGCUCGCUGCCCAAAGGCCAGGCCGAAGUCCCGGAGGGCGAACUCAGCCUGCAGGGCCCCGACGCCGAAGGUGGCCUGGAGGCGGCUGCCGGCAAAGUGGAGGGUGCUGGCAUGAAAAUACACAUGCCGAAAGUCAAGGUGCCCAGCGUGGUCUUCUCCAAGCCGACCGUCAAGGCUCCCAAACUGGACGCAGACGUCAGCCUCCCAGAGGCAGACCUCAAGGCCGGCGCCGUCAGCAUCGCUGCCCCCGACAUCAAGCUGCCCUCCGUGGAAGGCUCCCUGGAGCUGCAGGCGCCCGAGAUAGACCUCAAAGUGCCCUCUGGCGAAGGCUCGCUUGACGGAGCCGAGCUGGAAGCCACGGGCCUGAAGGGGAAGUUUAAGAUGCCCAAAUUCGACAAGCCCAAAUUUGGAGUGUCGCCUCCCAAGGCGGAAGGGCUCGAAGGCGAGGUCAGCCUGCCCACUGCAGAGGUCGACCUGCCCUCCGCCACCGUGACGGCCGCAGGGGAGGGCCCGGUGCUGGGCCUCAAAGCCGACGUCCCCGGUGCCAAAACCGAAGGGGCCGGCUGGAAGGUGGAGAAGCCCUCCCUCAAAAUGCCCAAAGCUGACAUCAAAGCUCCCAAGGUGGACAUCAGCCUCCCGUCCGUCGACGUCACCCUUCCAAAGGCCAGCGUCGACCUGCAGGCCCCCGAGGCAGCCCUCACCCUCGAAGGGGAAGCAAAAGCCCCGGAGAAGGAGGCCGCGAAGACCAAGGAUGGCAAGUUCAAGAUGCCCAAGUUCGGCAUGCCUUCCUUUGGCUGGUCCAGCAGCAGAGAGGCCAAGGGCACCGUGGCCGCUGACGUGGACGUCAGCCUCAAGGAGCCCCAGGUGACGGUGCCCUCGGGAACCGCCGAAGUCGACGUCACCCUGCCCACGGCCGAGAUCCAAGCCCCCAGCGUGGAGGUGAGCGUCGAGACGGCUGCCGGAGGAGACGGCGAGAAAGGUCGGUUCAAGAUGCCCGACGUCAAGAUGCCCAGCGUCAAGCUGCCCAAAGUCAAAGCUCCCCACGUGCAGGUCAGCCUGCCGAAGGCGGAGGGCUCGCUGCCCAAAGGCCAGGCCGAAGUCCCGGAGGGCGAACUCAGCCUGCAGGGCCCCGACGCCGAAGGUGGCCUGGAGGCGGCUGCCGGCAAAGUGGAGGGUGCUGGCAUGAAAAUACACAUGCCGAAAGUCAAGGUGCCCAGCGUGGUCUUCUCCAAGCCGACCGUCAAGGCUCCCAAACUGGACGCAGACGUCAGCCUCCCAGAGGCAGACCUCAAGGCCGGCGCCGUCAGCAUCGCCGCCCCCGACAUCAAGCUGCCCUCCGUGGAAGGCUCCCUGGAGCUGCAGGCGCCCGAGAUAGACCUCAAAGUGCCCUCUGGCGAAGGCUCGCUUGACGGAGCCGAGCUGGAAGCCACGGGCCUGAAGGGGAAGUUUAAGAUGCCCAAAUUCGACAAGCCCAAAUUUGGAGUGUCGCCUCCCAAGGCGGAAGGGCUCGAAGGCGAGGUCAGCCUGCCCACUGCAGAGGUCGACCUGCCCUCCGCCACCGUGACGGCCGCAGGGGAGGGCCCGGUGCUGGGCCUCAAAGCCGACGUCCCCGGUGCCAAAACCGAAGGGGCCGGCUGGAAGGUGGAGAAGCCCUCCCUCAAAAUGCCCAAAGCUGACAUCAAAGCUCCCAAGGUGGACAUCAGCCUCCCGUCCGUUGACGUCACCCUUCCAAAGGCCAGCGUCGACCUGCAGGCCCCCGAGGCGGCCCUCACCCUCGAAGGGGAAGCAAAAGCCCCGGAGAAGGAGGCCGCGAAGACCAAGGACGGCAAGUUCAAGAUGCCCAAGUUCGGCAUGCCUUCCUUUGGCUGGUCCAGCAGCAGAGAGGCCAAGGGCACCGUGGCCGCUGACGUGGACGUCAGCCUCAAGGAGCCCCAGGUGACGGUGCCCUCGGGAACCGCCGAAGUCGACGUCACCCUGCCCACGGCCGAGAUCCAAGCCCCCAGCGUGGAGGUGAGCGUCGAGACGGCUGCCGGAGGAGACGGCGAGAAAGGUCGGUUCAAGAUGCCCGACGUCAAGAUGCCCAGCGUCAAGCUGCCCAAAGUCAAAGCUCCCCACGUGCAGGUCAGCCUGCCGAAGGCGGAGGGCUCGCUGCCCAAAGGCCAGGCCGAAGUCCCGGAGGGCGAACUCAGCCUGCAGGGCCCCGACGCCGAAGGUGGCCUGGAGGCGGCUGCCGGCAAAGUGGAGGGUGCUGGCAUGAAAAUACACAUGCCGAAAGUCAAGGUGCCCAGCGUGGUCUUCUCCAAGCCGACCGUCAAGGCUCCCAAACUGGACGCAGACGUCAGCCCCCCAGAGGCAGACCUCAAGGCCGGCGCCGUCAGCAUCGCCGCCCCCGACAUCAAGCUGCCCUCCGUGGAAGGCUCCCUGGAGCUGCAGGCGCCCGAGAUAGACCUCAAAGUGCCCUCUGGCGAAGGCUCGCUUGACGGAGCCGAGCUGGAAGCCACGGGCCUGAAGGGGAAGUUUAAGAUGCCCAAAUUCGACAAGCCCAAAUUUGGAGUGUCGCCUCCCAAGGCGGAAGGGCUCGAAGGCGAGGUCAGCCUGCCCACUGCAGAGGUCGACCUGCCCUCCGCCACCGUGACGGCCGCAGGGGAGGGCCCGGUGCUGGGCCUCAAAGCCGACGUCCCCGGUGCCAAAACCGAAGGGGCCGGCUGGAAGGUGGAGAAGCCCUCCCUCAAAAUGCCCAAAGCUGACAUCAAAGCUCCCAAGGUGGACAUCAGCCUCCCGUCCGUCGACGUCACCCUUCCAAAGGCCAGCGUCGACCUGCAGGCCCCCGAGGCGGCCCUCACCCUCGAAGGGGAAGCAAAAGCCCCGGAGAAGGAGGCCGCGAAGACCAAGGAUGGCAAGUUCAAGAUGCCCAAGUUCGGCAUGCCUUCCUUUGGCUGGUCCAGCAGCAGAGAGGCCAAGGGCACCGUGGCCGCUGACGUGGACGUCAGCCUCAAGGAGCCCCAGGUGACGGUGCCCUCGGGAACCGCCGAAGUCGACGUCACCCUGCCCACGGCCGAGAUCCAAGCCCCCAGCGUGGAGGUGAGCGUCGAGACGGCUGCCGGAGGAGACGGCGAGAAAGGUCGGUUCAAGAUGCCCGACGUCAAGAUGCCCAGCGUCAAGCUGCCCAAAGUCAAAGCUCCCCACGUGCAGGUCAGCCUGCCGAAGGCGGAGGGCUCGCUGCCCAAAGGCCAGGCCGAAGUCCCGGAGGGCGAACUCAGCCUGCAGGGCCCCGACGCCGAAGGUGGCCUGGAGGCGGCUGCCGGCAAAGUGGAGGGUGCUGGCAUGAAAAUACACAUGCCGAAAGUCAAGGUGCCCAGCGUGGUCUUCUCCAAGCCGACCGUCAAGGCUCCCAAACUGGACGCAGACGUCAGCCUCCCAGAGGCAGACCUCAAGGCCGGCGCCGUCAGCAUCGCCGCCCCCGACAUCAAGCUGCCCUCCGUGGAAGGCUCCCUGGAGCUGCAGGCGCCCGAGAUAGACCUCAAAGUGCCCUCUGGCGAAGGCUCGCUUGACGGAGCCGAGCUGGAAGCCACGGGCCUGAAGGGGAAGUUUAAGAUGCCCAAAUUCGACAAGCCCAAAUUUGGAGUGUCGCCUCCCAAGGCGGAAGGGCUCGAAGGCGAGGUCAGCCUGCCCACUGCAGAGGUCGACCUGCCCUCCGCCACCGUGACGGCCGCAGGGGAGGGCCCGGUGCUGGGCCUCAAAGCCGACGUCCCCGGUGCCAAAACCGAAGGGGCCGGCUGGAAGGUGGAGAAGCCCUCCCUCAAAAUGCCCAAAGCUGACAUCAAAGCUCCCAAGGUGGACAUCAGCCUCCCGUCCGUUGACGUCACCCUUCCAAAGGCCAGCGUCGACCUGCAGGCCCCCGAGGCGGCCCUCACCCUCGAAGGGGAAGCAAAAGCCCCGGAGAAGGAGGCCGCGAAGACCAAGGACGGCAAGUUCAAGAUGCCCAAGUUCGGCAUGCCUUCCUUUGGCUGGUCCAGCAGCAGAGAGGCCAAGGGCACCGUGGCCGCUGACGUGGACGUCAGCCUCAAGGAGCCCCAGGUGACGGUGCCCUCGGGAACCGCCGAAGUCGACGUCACCCUGCCCACGGCCGAGAUCCAAGCCCCCAGCGUGGAGGUGAGCGUCGAGACGGCUGCCGGAGGAGACGGCGAGAAAGGUCGGUUCAAGAUGCCCGACGUCAAGAUGCCCAGCGUCAAGCUGCCCAAAGUCAAAGCUCCCCACGUGCAGGUCAGCCUGCCGAAGGCGGAGGGCUCGCUGCCCAAAGGCCAGGCCGAAGUCCCGGAGGGCGAACUCAGCCUGCAGGGCCCCGACGCCGAAGGUGGCCUGGAGGCGGCUGCCGGCAAAGUGGAGGGUGCUGGCAUGAAAAUACACAUGCCGAAAGUCAAGGUGCCCAGCGUGGUCUUCUCCAAGCCGACCGUCAAGGCUCCCAAACUGGACGCAGACGUCAGCCUCCCAGAGGCAGACCUCAAGGCCGGCGCCGUCAGCAUCGCCGCCCCCGACAUCAAGCUGCCCUCCGUGGAAGGCUCCCUGGAGCUGCAGGCGCCCGAGAUAGACCUCAAAGUGCCCUCUGGCGAAGGCUCGCUUGACGGAGCCGAGCUGGAAGCCACGGGCCUGAAGGGGAAGUUUAAGAUGCCCAAAUUCGACAAGCCCAAAUUUGGAGUGUCGCCUCCCAAGGCGGAAGGGCUCGAAGGCGAGGUCAGCCUGCCCACUGCAGAGGUCGACCUGCCCUCCGCCACCGUGACGGCCGCAGGGGAGGGCCCGGUGCUGGGCCUCAAAGCCGACGUCCCCGGUGCCAAAACCGAAGGGGCCGGCUGGAAGGUGGAGAAGCCCUCCCUCAAAAUGCCCAAAGCUGACAUCAAAGCUCCCAAGGUGGACAUCAGCCUCCCGUCCGUUGACGUCACCCUUCCAAAGGCCAGCGUCGACCUGCAGGCCCCCGAGGCGGCCCUCACCCUCGAAGGGGAAGCAAAAGCCCCGGAGAAGGAGGCCGCGAAGACCAAGGACGGCAAGUUCAAGAUGCCCAAGUUCGGCAUGCCUUCCUUUGGCUGGUCCAGCAGCAGAGAGGCCAAGGGCACCGUGGCCGCUGACGUGGACGUCAGCCUCAAGGAGCCCCAGGUGACGGUGCCCUCGGGAACCGCCGAAGUCGACGUCACCCUGCCCACGGCCGAGAUCCAAGCCCCCAGCGUGGAGGUGAGCGUCGAGACGGCUGCCGGAGGAGACGGCGAGAAAGGUCGGUUCAAGAUGCCCGACGUCAAGAUGCCCAGCGUCAAGCUGCCCAAAGUCAAAGCUCCCCACGUGCAGGUCAGCCUGCCGAAGGCGGAGGGCUCGCUGCCCAAAGGCCAGGCCGAAGUCCCGGAGGGCGAACUCAGCCUGCAGGGCCCCGACGCCGAAGGUGGCCUGGAGGCGGCUGCCGGCAAAGUGGAGGGUGCUGGCAUGAAAAUACACAUGCCGAAAGUCAAGGUGCCCAGCGUGGUCUUCUCCAAGCCGACCGUCAAGGCUCCCAAACUGGACGCAGACGUCAGCCCCCCAGAGGCAGACCUCAAGGCCGGCGCCGUCAGCAUCGCCACCCCCGACAUCAAGCUGCCCUCCGUGGAAGGCUCCCUGGAGCUGCAGGCGCCCGAGAUAGACCUCAAAGUGCCCUCUGGCGAAGGCUCGCUUGACGGAGCCGAGCUGGAAGCCACGGGCCUGAAGGGGAAGUUUAAGAUGCCCAAAUUCGACAAGCCCAAAUUUGGAGUGUCGCCUCCCAAGGCGGAAGGGCUCGAAGGCGAGGUCAGCCUGCCCACCGCAGAGGUCGACCUGCCCUCCGCCACCGUGACAGCCGCAGGGGAGGGCCCGGUGCUGGGCCUCAAAGCCGACGUCCCCGGUGCCAAAACCGAAGGGGCCGGCUGGAAGGUGGAGAAGCCCUCCCUCAAAAUGCCCAAAGCUGACAUCAAAGCUCCCAAGGUGGACAUCAGCCUCCCGUCCGUCGACGUCACCCUUCCAAAGGCCAGCGUCGACCUGCAGGCCCCCGAGGCGGCCCUCACCCUCGAAGGGGAAGCAAAAGCCCCGGAGAAGGAGGCCGCGAAGACCAAGGACGGCAAGUUCAAGAUGCCCAAGUUCGGCAUGCCUUCCUUUGGCUGGUCCAGCAGCAGAGAGGCCAAGGGCACCGUGGCCGCUGACGUGGACGUCAGCCUCAAGGAGCCCCAGGUGACGGUGCCCUCGGGAACCGCCGAAGUCGACGUCACCCUGCCCACGGCCGAGAUCCAAGCCCCCAGCGUGGAGGUGAGCGUCGAGACGGCUGCCGGAGGAGACGGCGAGAAAGGUCGGUUCAAGAUGCCCGACGUCAAGAUGCCCAAAGUCAAAGCUCCCCAUGCACAGGUUAUCCUGCCCACAGCUGAAAUCCAAGCGUCUGUUAUUGAAGAGAGCUUAGAUUCCUCCUCCGGGAAAGAGGAUGGAACAGGUAAAGCUAAAAGUUCUUUGUUUAGAAUGCCUAAGGUUUCUCUUUCUAAAAGUUCAAAACCUCAGGCACAGAGUAAGCCUGAACAUGAAGUUUCUGUCUCAGAAACCCUUUGUUAUUCAGUAACAGAGGUAAGUCCUGCUGUUCUUUCAGGCAGUGUUACAUCUAAACAUCAUCCUGACAAUAAGGGAGACAGUGGCUCUAAAAAUACUAAAUUCAGAAUUCCUAGCUUGGGUUUCUCUAAAGUUGAUAUUGGGUCUUCUAAAGUUGAACAGGAUUCCCCAUUACCAAAAGGGGAUAUUACUCUUACUAAAUAUCAAAUGAAUACAGCAGAAUCUGAAUCAAAAAUAACUCUUACUGAUGAGAAUAUUUCAGUAAAAGAUUUUGAAAUUUUAAAUGAAGAUGCUUCUUUGGAGCAAGGAAGUCUGAAGCCAGGAGGAAAAACACCAGCUGCUGAAGUAUCUGUCGGUGACACAGAGUUUACAGUUAAAAUUCCUAAAUUUAGAAAACCAAAAUUUGGAAUUUCUUGGUCUAAGGGAAAACCAUCAGAAAGUGAUAUUGGUUCCAAAAUGGAAUCUGAAAUUUCCAAAGGAAGAAUAACAUCUGAUAUGGCUGAUACUGAUCUUGAAAAACCCACUCAGAUCCUUGAUGCUGAAUUAGGGGUAAAGAUAGAAAAGCCUUCACCUGAAGUUGUUCUCAGUGCACCAAAGUUGGAUGUCAGUCUCCCAUCAAUGGAAGUUACUAUGCCAAAAUUAGAAGUGGAAAUCCAUGGCCCAGAUUUAGAGUGCAAGGUGGAACAGGAAGUAGUUUCAGGAGAGAAGGACACCGAGGAGAAAGAAAACAAAUUUAAGACAUCAAAAUUCAAACUGCCUUCAUUUAGUUGGUCACCGAAGAAAGAAGCUAUUGCUCCUUCUGAAGCUGAGAAACAUCUGGAAGAACCCACUUUAUCUGGAGACACAGAAUCUGAAUUAACAUUUCCUACCUCUGAGAAUCAAUACCUUCAUGGGGAAAUUGAUACAUCAACAGAAAAAGAUGGUGAAAAGGGCAGAAACAAGAAAUCCCAAUUUAUGAUGCCAAAGAUCUCAUUCCCUAAAAUGAAGGGUCAGAAAGUCCAGGUCUCUCUGCCCGUACAGGAAACUGACGUUUGUGAUCCCAAACAAGAAAAAGAAGGUGUUUCAGUACAGAAAUCUGAGAAAGGGAGUAGCAGAGAAGGAUCAGGAAUGAGCAUAGAAGUGUCAAAAGUUACAGUCCCAACUUUGGAAUUUUCCAAACCAGAAGUCAAAGGUCCCAAAAUAGAGAUGGAUAUUAGCAUGCCUACAGGUGAGGUCAUACUUCCUAUAUGUGAAGAAGAUGACCUGACAUUCAAAUCAGCUGCUGCCAGCCCCUCCGUCUCAGAUAUUAAGACUGAAGGCUCCAUUGAGGCAAAGAGUCCUGACACAAGUGUUGAAAGAACAUCAAGUGAAAUUGCUGUGGGUGAUGUAGAAAUAAAAAUCGAAGGUCCUGAAGGGAAAACAAAAAUGUCUAAAUUCCAAAUGCCAAAGUUUGGAAUUACACAUUCUAAAGGGAAAGGGUCAGAAAAGGAGAUCAGCCAAUCCAAAUCAGAAGUCAAGGCUCCCCAGCUAAAAGCGAUGGUAGAAAUAGCUGACAUUGCUGUCGAAGCACCACAUUUGGAGGUGGAAUGUGGUACCGGAACAGAAACUUACAGCCCUAAAGUCAAAAUGACCAAAGCUGACCAUAAGGCAUCAGAAGCUGAUGCUCCCCUCUCAUCAGCUGACAUUUCUAUUCCAAAACCAGACAGUGAUAUUCAGGAUUCAGAUGCAACAUUAAAAAUCAAAGGGGAAAUAAAGCAAGAUGGAGACGGAGAAGAUAAAGAAGGACAUUUCAAAAUGCCAAAAUUCAAACUGCCAUCCUUCAGUUGGUCCCCGAAGAAGGAAGCAAGUGUUAAACCAGAUUCUGGAGCAAACUUGGAAGAUCAUAAACUUGCUGUAAUGUCAGGCAGAACAGACACAGAAGUGAGAGGAACUGCAACUGAUGAUCAAGGUACUGGGUCAGCCCUGGAUCUGGAACUAUCUGCAGGAAAAGCUGAACAAAAAAGUCCCGUUAAAAAGCCUCAAUUUGUCAUGCCUAAAAUUUCACUCUCCAAGAUCAAGGUUCCCAAAGCUCAGACACAUUCGCCAAAAGCUGAAGUUGAUGCUACUAUUCCUAAAACAGAAAGACAAGGUGAUGACUCAAUACAGAUACCUGAUAUAGAAAGAAGUCAUUAUGAAAGGGCAGAAGAAGGGGCACAAAUAAGCAUAAAAUUGGCUGCUGUUAAGAUCCCCACUCUGGAGUUUUCCAAAAUAGAAGCUGGAGCCUCCCAAACUGACAUGGGAGUCAGCUCAGCAAAGAUUGAUGCUGCUCUGCCUCCCUUAGAGGGGAGUUCUCAACAGGUUGUCCUAAAAUCGAGUUCUACUGAUGAGGAUGCCAUUCAAAAAACAGGUAUUAAGCUCCCCAAAGGAGAAGUUUCAACUGAGCUGAGGAGCCCUGAAAUAGUAACAGAAAUAUCAUCAGUUGUGGAUGGAAGAAAGAUGAAAUUGGAGGGUCCUGAAGGAAAGAUUAAAAUGCCCAAAUUCCAGAAGUUUGGAAUCUCCUUAACAAAAGGGAAAGGCCCAGAGACAGAGAUCAGCUCUCCAAAAAUAGAAGCUGAGACACCCCAGCUAAAAAUGGCAAGUGAAAUUGCUGACAUUGCUGUGGGAGUUCCAGCAUCAGAACUUACAUCUGAUAUGCCAGAUCCUGGAGUAGGUGUUUAUGCUUGUAAGAUGAAAACACCCCAAGUUCUGACAGCUGGCAUUGAAGCUCCAAAGGUAGACAUAAGCCCCCAGUCAGUGUCUAAACCAAUGACAGAGGCAGCUAUUGAGAGCCUUGAAGAGAAAUACAUCAAAUUAAAAGAAGAAUAUGAAGUAAAACCAGAAGAAGUUCAGACUGAAGAACAUCAGGGAUGGUUUAAAAUGCCAAAAUUCAGAAUACCUGCAUUUGGCAGGACACCCUUAAAGGAAAAAAAAGGUGAUGCUGGUAUUGAAAGAAGUAUGGAAAAAACUCAGGCAGGCAUUUCCUCUGCCAAAGUACAAACUGAAACAAGUAUUCCUGAAAAUACCUUCUCAUUGCCACACGCAGUUGCUGAAAUUACUAUUGGAAAAGAAGGGAUGCCAAAAUUAGAAGAUUCUGUGAAGAGUUCUGAUGUUAGCUUGCCAAAGACGGAAGGAGAUAUUACAUUAUCUGCAGAAAGAACAGAUAGUAGAGUGAAUAUUCCAAAAACCGAAACUUAUGCAGAUGUAGUUAAGCGUGGUGCUGAAGGACAAAAAAUGCAUACUUCCGAAUUCACAGUUUAUUCAUCAGAAUUGACUAAAUCGUAUGUAAGCGCUUCAGAAACUGACAAAGACAACAGUUUAACAAAAAAGUUUCCUACGUGUACUCUGAAUGUUCAAGAGCAUAAAGUCAAAUCACAGGAUAUAGCAGUCCCAAGGGCAGAAAGUUCCACUAAGUUAGAUACUUCAGAAUUAGGAUGCAAACCAUCAUCAGCUGAAAUUACUCUGGAUGCAACACAGGAGAAAAUAGACAUUAGUCUUCCAAAGGAAGAACUAGAUAUUCAAAAUCAAGAGGCAGUAAUUAAAAAAGGAAAAAUAGCAGGUGAGAUGAAAAUUAUAGGAAAAGACAGUGAAGGAAGUCAAUUAAAAAGGCCUACACGUGAAUGGUCUACAACAUCAGAAGACGGUGUUUAUGUUACAGCUAAGCUGGAAGAUGUAAAGGUAGAAGUUCCAGGAAUGAAAAUGGAAGUUAAAAUUGGUAGAGUAGAUCCUGAAAUGAAAUUUCAAGUGAAAAGUAUUGAACAGGACAAGUCUGCAGGGGUGGAAGUGCAAGUAGAAGAUAGAGCAGAAACAAGUAAAAUUAAAACAUACAAGUUUAAGAUUCCAAAGUUUGGAGUACUGCAUUCAGAAGUGAAGGGUUUUGAAGAUGAUAUCAAUUUGCCAAAGUCAGAAGCUGAUUCAGUAUCUAAAACUGAAUUAGGGACAGCAGAAAUGCAGUUUAAAACGUCAGAAGGAUCCAUUGGCCUGGAAAGUUCAGCUCUAGAUCAUAGGGAAGCGUCUGGCAGAAUAACAGUGGAAACAGUGGAGAAAUCACAAGGUGGCCCAGAAGUAAAUAUAAAAAUUCCCAAACUAAAAAUACCAAGAUUCACUUUCAAAGCUCUCCCAACUGAAGCUGAUGUUUCAUUGUCAAAAGUGCUAACAGAUCCAAUGGGAUCUUGUACUGACAUUGAAGUAGGGCAACUGCAAGCAAGUUCUGCUAUCCCUGAAGAAACACCAGAGGCUCUAGAGGGUGCUAUUCAAAAAGCAAAAAGCAAAAUUCUAACACUGACUGAACCUGACAUUAAAACAGCACAGAUGACUACUACCAUAGAAACCUCCCUUUCAAAUGCAGGGCAAGACCUUCAUUGGUCGUAUGUAGAGGGCCAAGAAGUGAGUGAGAAAGUAGAACCUGAACAUGUUGCUAUUGAAAGGUGUGAGAUUUACACUACUGAAAUACUGAAAGAAUCAGAGAUUCUCUCAUCAGAAGUCAAAACUGCUACUUUGGGAUUCUCGUUGGUCAAGGUGAAGUUGCCUGAAUCACACAGCAACUUAGAAGUGCUAGUCCAGCAGCCAUCUCCGACAGAAGAUGUAUCAGUGAGCAAAUCUAAGUGUGCUGAUGAAAGCUUUGGAGUAGCAGCACAGAGGACUGGCAGUGCUGAGCUUAAACUAUCUGACAAACCACACAGUGAGACCGAAGAAUCUAGUGGAAAAGUAAGUUUUCCAAAGUUAAAAACAUUUGCUGUUGAAGUAAAGCCUUCCAGUAAACCUGAAGAGACUCAUCCUGGUAAAUCACCAGAGGGAAUAACUGUAGGUCCUCUCUCUAAAGAUGAGGAUGUAGCUGAAGCACUAGAAGAUGAAGAAAAAGAUAUAACCACUGAAAAGGAAAAGACUGAUAGUAAAAGAUCUCCUGGAAGAUUCAAAUUUUGGCUUCCAACUAUUGGCUUUUCAUCUUCUGGUGAUGAAACAAGCACAGAUCCAAAAACAGAAGUAAAAAAAUCAGUGCCAGAAGAUGUGAAACUUGCUGACACAUCAGAUAAUGAUUCUUCUAAGCAAACUGAAAAAACUGGAUGGUUUAGAUUUCCCAAGCUUGGUUUCACAUCUCCUUCCAAAAAGGCUAAGACUGUUGACAAAGAAGAGACAGAUCACAAAGAGGGAAAAAUCUCAGAUGAAGAUAGCCCAUCAGAUAAACCUGAUGUAUUUUUUGAUGCACAAGAGAGUUUAUCACCUAAAGAAAGAACAGAGGACAAAAAAGUUGAAAUUGAUGAGGCCUCAUCUAAUGUUCCAGUUUCUCGUACUAUUGUGACGUCUUCAGCAAGAACUGAACUAAUCUUGUUGGAGGAAGAAAAAGAUAGUCAACCUAAUAUUCCUGGAGAUACAACCAAAUGAAGAUUGUUUUUUCUUAGCUUUCAAUGAAAAUAAAAUAAUCUACACAUACAGAAAAAAAUAUCUUCAUAAUUUUCUAGUAACUGAAAAUUAAACAAAACCCAAAGCUGAAAUUUAUGAAAACAGUUGAAUGGAAUUUAACACAUUUAAAUUUUCAAGUACGUGGACGUACUAUACUGUGCACUAAUAAAAAUACUGAUUUCUUCGAAUCUGACAAAAGGCAACGAUUUCUACAGAUACAGAGGAGCCCACAGUUUUAGCAAAGUCUGAAAAGAUAGCUGGACCAUGAAAGUAAAUUAUUGAAAGGCUCGAUGAUAGCAAAAAGACUUGUUAAAUAGGCUUCUCAAAACCACACCAAUUAUGUUUAGAUUAUAGAUUUUUUCCCAGAAUGGAGCAUAAACUAGUACUAUGAGAACGAUACUUACUUGUUUAGAUGUGGGACCUUUCUGACCUACUUUUGCUUUCUUAUUAAAAUAUUUUUCUUUAUUUCAGCUAAGGUAAUAUGUAUAUUCCACAAACAUUUUACAAUGCAAAAUAAAAACAAAAUACUAGUUGUAGAGAGACUAAUGCUUUACCCCUUCCUCUCUUCUCAUUUUUUUUAUUAUUCUGGUGGGUCAUAUUUAGCCUUAAAAGAAUUUAAAAAAACCCAACAGAAUAAAUUCAAGACCAAAAAACAUAUAACUAAUUCACAUUUUUAAGAUAACAAAAAAAAAACAUGCCAACAAAGAAUAAUUAGUAAAAUGUGGAUAAAUAAAUUGUAAUGUAUAUAUUUACUGGAUAGUUAAAUGCAGAGAAUGAUCUGCCACACUGGUGGAAUUGCUUCAGAGAUUUUCUGGGAAAGGAGAUGUAUAUAAUUAUUAACUUCUUUGUUUAUAUUAAUGCUUCUCUCAAGUGCACAAUGAAAACCAGAGUGCGUAUGUGACAGCCUUCACAUGUAUCAUUAAAACGUUGUCUGUAUUCUUAAUUCACAAUAAA